AUGAGCCAGCCAGGCCAGGACGCCGCGUCGUGCUCCUUCCGAGACGUGGACUCGCUGAUGGCCACGCUGCAGAUGGCCGUCCACAUCCCCACCUUCCUGCUGGGCCUCCUCCUCAACCUGCUGGCCAUCCGGCGCUUCAGCGCCUUCCUGAGGAAACGCUGGUCGGGCCACGCGGCCACGGCCAUCUACAUGAUCAACCUGGCCGUCUUCGACCUGGUGCUGGUGCUGUCGCUGCCCUUCAAGCUGGCGCUGUCGCACGAGUCGCGGGCCUUCCCCGCGCUGUGCACGCUGGUGGAGUGCCUCUACUUCAUCAGCAUGUACGGUAGCGUCUUCACCAUCUGCUUCAUCAGCCUCGACCGCUUCAUGGCCAUCCAGUUCCCGCUGCUGGCCGGGCCCCUGCGCUCCCCCGGGAAGACCCUGGGCGUGUGCUGCGGCAUCUGGGUGCUGGUCUGGGUGGGCAGCAUCCCCGUCUACAGCUUCCACGGCGAGGCCAACGGGCUCCGCUGCUUCCACAACCUGUCCAACAGCACGUGGACGGCGCCCGUGGUCGUCCCCCUGGAGGUGUUCGGCUUCCUCCUGCCCCUGACCAUCAUGGCCUUCUGCUCCGCCAAGAUCAUCCUGGUCCUGCUGGGCCGCCGGGCUCACACGCAGGACUGGGCCCAGCAGCGCGCCUGCAUCCUGACGGUGGCCGCCAGCCUGGCCGUCUUCGUGGUCUCCUUCCUGCCCGUGCACCUGAGCGUCUUCCUGCAGUUCCUGGUGCGCAACGGCGUGAUUGUGCAGUGCACGGCCCGGCAGAACAUCAGCCUCUUCCUACAGCUGUCCCUCUGCUUCUCCAACGUCAACUGCUGCCUGGACGUUUUCUGCUACUACUUCGUCAUCAAGGAGUUUCGCGUGGGCCUCAUGGCCCACCGGCCUUCCCGGGGACAGCUGGUCCUCCAGGACACCAUGACCACCAGGGGCUGA